AGGGGGGGUUGGAACUAGACAAUCUUUAAGGUCCCUUCCAACCCAAACUAUUCUAUAUGUCAGGGGCUCAGCUGCCCAUUUUUCCUUCUUGCGCGAUACAGCUCACUGAAAAUAUUGCCCGAAGAACAUCUGUCAAAAGCAGUCAUUUUAGGGAAGCCGUGAGAUGUUUCUCUGGCAGCUAGUUAAGGGGUUACGGUGUCACCUGAGGAUAUUGCUCUGAGUCAGCUGGGGACUAACAUGAGUCUCCUAAAAUAGGGAUGAAAUUAUCCACCCUAAGGGCAAGUACUUGAUAGGAGAAACAUGCAAAUAAACAAUCAAUGGGACUAACAUGAGUCUCCUAAAAUAGGGAUGAAAUUAUCCACCCUAAGGGCGAGUACUUGAUAGGAGGAACAUGCAAAUGAACAAUCAUUGUGGCAUGCCACCUCUAAAAGUACCCAUUCAAUUGGUGCAAACAGUUUAUAUGGGAUUUUGACAACAGUGUGGAUCCGCCCUGAGAUGGAAGCUCUCAAGGGCAGGAUUCUUGAUCUCAUGCCUGUCUGGGGAGACUGUAGCAAUGUGCUGCUAUUGCAUUAAGUGAGCAUCAUAAUUUGUUGUGUCUCUGUCUGAAGGAAGAAAAUGGUGGUGUACUUUUGAGGAAAUAGUGAAAAUGCCGAGCACAACCUUCCAGUGAGGUAAACCGGUGAAGUUACUAGGAGUCUGUCAGGACCUGCAGUAAAAAACUCUGCAAAAAAGAGGCACCUUCAGAACGAAAAUGAGCAUCGAGAAAACAUACAGUACCUUUAACAUCAGCAAUGGAACAGAUCUAGCUAUUGGCUUUACCUCUUCCGCAGUAGCUGUCCUUCUGUUUGGAACGAACUUUGUGCCUGUUAAGAAAUUUGAUACUGGUGAUGGCAUGUUCUUCCAAUGGAUUCUCUGCGCCUCCAUAUGGAUAAUUUCUUUGGUGGUCAAUUUAAUUCAAAAUUGCCCCCGAUUUUGGCCUCUGGCUAUGGUUGGGGGUUUCUUGUGGGCUACAGGCAAUGUUACAGUUGUCCCUAUUGUUAAAACCAUUGGCUUAGCUCUUGGUCUUUUGAUAUGGGCUUCUUUUAAUUUGCUGACAGGUUGGGCAAGUUCAAGGUUUGGUUGGUUUGGAAUUGACCCAGAAGAGGUGUCAAGACCAAUCUUAAAUUAUAUUGGAGCUGGACUUUCACUAUUAAGUGCUGUCAUAUUUCUUGCUAUAAAACCUGAGGUCCAGCGUUCUUCAUCUUCAUUAGAGAGCACACCUUUACUAAGAGAAAGUUCUAUUAAUGUUUCUGAAGAUACCUCUGAUGACUUAUGGGUGAACAGACUUGCUCCAGCAAAAAAGAGACUCAUAGGAUGUAGCUUGGCAGUAGUAGCUGGAAUACUCUACGGUUCCAGUUUUGUACCAGUACUCUACAUCAAGGACCAUGGAAGAGCAAAUGAGACCAUAUACACAGGCGCAAGUCAAUUUGAUUUAGAUUAUGUUUUUGCACACUUCAGUGGGAUAUUUCUUACAAGUACUGUUUACUUUUUGAUCUACUGUGCAGUCAGGAAAAAUAAGCCUAAUGUUUAUCCCCAAGCUAUAUUGCCAGGGUUUGUUUCUGGUGUGCUUUGGGCAAUAGCCAAUUGCUGCUGGUUCAUAGCCAAUCACUAUCUCAGUGCUGUCGUCAGCUUUCCAAUAAUUACUGCAGGUCCCGGCCUUGUUGCUGCGAUGUGGGGAGUCCUUGUAUUUAAAGAAAUCAAGGGCCUGAGAAACUACGCGUUACUCUCCGUAGCAUUUUGUAUCAUUUUGGCUGGAUCACUCUCCACAGCUUUUUCUAAAGUUUGAAAGGAUCUUCUGGACCAGUAGAUGGUGCUACUGUUUAGUAUAAUCAGAAAAGCAGUAUUGGUAUAUAGCAAUACAUAAUAAUUUUCAGAAUAUAUGUCCAACAUUUACCCUACCUUGCUUCAGACAAGUGAAAAAGAAAACCUCUGCUAAAUUUUCCCAUUUGGCAUGAAAGAAAACCUGGAAAAGUUUAUUUCUGCAUUUCUUGGAACAGUAAGAAUAUCAAAGGACUUCGUUAAAUAAAGCUAAGUGAGUUUGUAGUUAUUUGUUUUCUGCUUCUGAUACUAAACUUUAUGUCAUUGUAAAUUGCAGUCCACUAUUGUAAUGGUGGCUAAAAGGUUUUAAUUCCUCGUCUGUGAUACUGCAUGCAUUUGUAAGCUGAUUUAUUUUAUUAUAACGCUCUGUCUUACUGACUUGAAUAUAAAAUGUCUUAGGAUAUUCUUUAUGGAACUGAUACACAUGAAGUUGUGAAUCAUAAUUUUAUUUAGAAACAUAAGUCUAUAAAGUCAUCAGUUUACAUUAAAAUUUUAUCUUCAGAAUUUUGAAGGAAAUACAGAAAAAAGGGUUGCUGUAAAAUAAAUUACUGCUGUUUCCUUAUAAACUCUUUGUUAAGUUGCAAGAACAUUACUUAGAAAUCAUGACCAGGAUUCGAAUAGUUGGGGAAGGUUGGGUUUUUUAUUAAAGUUGGAUGGAACUUAUGCAAGUCAACAUUACAUUUCUGUUACUUGUGGUAUUGCAAUAUGAGCCAAAUACAUGGUUCAAAGUUUGUUCCCAAAUAAUUUGGGGCAUUUUCUGAAUACUUACUUUUCUAUGUAGCAUAUUCAGAUCAUAUGAAUUAUGUUUGGCAAUAGCAUGAAGCAUUAUGCUAAAACAACCCAAUCCUGUUCUACUCAUAGCAAGGUCAUCUAUGUGUAAAUCAUUUCUGACAGUUGUUGUCUACUUGUUUCUUGAAAAAAAAUUAAUAAAAGUUAGGUUUCGUAACAUUUUUAGGUAAAUUAAACAUCUUCUAUCUGUCCUGCUAGAAAGCCCUAAUAUCCAAAGGAAGUUCCCUAUGAAGUAUGUUAUGUCCAUUGUUCUGUGACCACCACUAACCUGGAGAACUGUUUAUUUUCUUACUCAUGGCAGCUAACCUUUAUACGUACAAAGCAUGCUGUCUGAGCCUUUGCUUAGUCUUUUCUUCAGAAUGUUAGAUAAACCCAGCUUCUGCAGUCUUCCCUUGUUUGUAAUUUGCUGAUCAUUUUUCCCGCUCUUUCCUGGACUAAGUGGACAUCUGUCUAGAAAAUGUAGACAUGGCAGUCAGGAUAAGAAAAGCAGCAGUAGAAUUUUGAUUUUUUUUACACCAUUUACAAGCUCUAUUCGUGUUUAGUCAUUAUAGUAUGUCACUUUUGCUAUCACAGCUUGAUAUUGUUAACACGUUCAGAUGGCAAUUGUAAUUUCUUCUUUCUCCCUUCCACCCUUUUUUGUCUACUAUUUGUUAGAUUUGAUCUUAGAACUCCUACUUAGCCACUUUUUUCCAUCCCAUAUUGUUUAUUCCUACCCAAGUGUCAGACUUGUUGUCUUGACACGUUUUUACCCACUUAAGGCAUUUCUCUAAUAUUAGUCUGUAUGUUAACACUCCCCUCCAACAAGUUGGCAGCGUUUUCCAGCAAGAUGACAUCCACUAGUUUAAUAAACAUACCCUCUAAUUAUUGUAAAUAAUUUAUGAAAAUAUUGCAUGAUACUGACCUUUACUUUUUGGAACCUAUUGCAAUCCUUCUUUUCACUCUGACAUGGAACAAUUGAUUAUCCUUUCGAGUACAGUUUUCCUCUGUCCUACAAUGGUUUUAUUUAGAUUGCAUUCUCCCAACUUUUAUGUAACAUCUGAUACAACUGUUCAAGCCAAGAUACAUGAUGUAUACCACAGUAAUACCUGGUAGUGGAAAGAAAACUGGACAGCUUUCUUUCCCAGUAUUCAAGUCAGACACAAUUUCUUGACAGAUUCUUGACUGUUAGUUACCUAGCCAUUCUUCUAUUGACUCACACAUGGUUUUGAAAUAACUUGAAUUAAAUUGGGCAUUUAUAAUUUCCCUGGAUAUGUUCCCAUCCUUCUUAAGGAUCACAAGAACUUCUAUAUUCCUGGAAUAUAGCCCAUGCCAGAAAAUUACUGAUAAACAAAAAAUUGUCAAAACAAAAAUAUGGUGUUCUUAGAUUCCUCUGCUUUACAGAUAUGCUUUAAUACAUCAGUUCUUUCCCAGUCAGUAUUAGUUCUUGUGUCAGUGUUUGCAGUUGUGUUAACAUGACUGUAAUUUUUUCAAGUAAUGCUGAAGGGAACAAGGGUGGUGGGCACUUCAGUUUAUAAUGUCAUUGCUGAAUAGUGGCAUAUUAUCUCUUAUUUCUACAGUUACUGACAACUAGACUUGUAACUCACUAUUUUGCUAAAAUAAUUACAAUACAGUAUUUAUAAAGAUGGUGUUAUUACACCAUCAGUCCACUUCAAUGCAGCAAUGCAAGUGCUGAGGAAGGAUCAUCGGUUUAGUUUACUACUACUUGUAGGUCACCUUCUACAUUUGCUUAAAGUCUGCAAGUAUAGUCUACACUAUUCAAUGAGGUAUCUCUUCGCUACUUCAUGUUAAGUGAACUACUAAUGCCUCAGUAGGGAAAAAUGUGAGAAGAACCAUUUCUGUGUGGGCUUGGACAGUGAACUAGCCUGCAGACACCACUGCUUCCAGGCUAGAACUAGCAUUUAAGGAGCGUGUGAGAUCCAUGUUGCACAACAGGUCUUUCAGGCCCCGGACAUCCCUAGGGCACCUUCAGGGGAGAACAGGAGCAUGCAGAUACAAAGGUCAGACAUUCAAGAGAUGUGAGAAUGUAUGGCAUAAUUAAGAAAAUGAGCUCUGAAAACCAAGAACGCUAUUUUAACACAGCAAAACUCUGGGAGGAAAAAGGACCAGGGGAGCAGAUAAAGCUGCAUGAAGGUGUCAUGAGGUUUAGUGUUUUCUUGUCAUCUUCUGCAGCUGGGAAAACCACAGUGCUCACUGAAGAGUCAACGCAGAGAAGCUGUCAUGCAAUUGCUGGUUGGCCUGCACCAGCUGUGCUUGAUAAUCUGCACUCCAGCUGUGCAAGAAAUGAACAAGCAGGAUUAUUCAAGCCAAAUUACUGUGGGACGUGCUUUACCCCUAAAUUUGGCCACGUGUUUCCUUCCUUCACUACAGUGAAGUGCCAUAGGCCUGGUCUACUACUGCAGUACCCUGAAGCUUUAUUUUGUUUAGUGCUGUGAGUAUCCUGAGUGAAUGCAGUUUGGUUUUUUCAGAUUUUUAGCCCUUAACUUUUAGUGACAGGACAAGCUGGUUGCUGGUGCUGUAGUGGAAACGUUAUGACAGCUUAGCAAGCAGAAGAAAAAAUUGUCCUGGCAGUUCCUGGUUUUACAGCCUCAGUUCAGACUGUUUUGCUUGCUGCGUUUGUUAUUUGUUGCGGUUUUAAGAAAAAUCAAAAUGGGCAAUGGGACCUGAAACUGCUACACCGACGCAUCCCUCACUAGGGGAUUGGCUCUGACUCAUGGUUGUUCCAAAAAAUGAAUCUGGCUUAUACCUUAGCAGGUGAGUGAGAUGCGCUUACAUUUAUGGUUUACAUUUAAACCAUUACUACAUGUUUCAGUUUGCUUUAACUGAAGAGUCUUUGUUAAUGUUAUCUCAAGUUUCUACUAUCUCUCUUGAGGGAUUCUAUUAGGCUAAUGUCUGGUGUGGACCCAGCCCCCAUCUGCUGGAUGUGAUUACAAGGACCAGUUGAAUCUUCCAGGACAGGAGCACCUCUACGUUUCCUGGUUUCUGUGCCAGAUCAUUGGCUUUCUGAAACAAACCAAAAAAAAAAUAAAAAAAUGAGAUUCUGACCGUAGUGGUUGCCAUGCAAGCGUAUGUAGUUUGAUGCAGUUCUCUACUCUAUAUUGUAAAGUUAUUGGAUGUACAAACUUAAUUGCUGACUGCUAGGGCAUUAAUUAAAAUUUUUGUUUGCAAAGGCUUGGGCAUGAUCUUUAUUAAAUGCUUUCUUAGCAUCCUAAUAGAUAUCCUAUUGGAUUUGUCUUGUCAUCAGCAAAAAAAAAACCAAACCAUCUCUUGCAGCUCUUUUCUGUGGAAAAAUCCCUCGUGGUAAUUCAUCAGGAUUUAUGGUUUAAAUAUGUAUUUAUUCUGAAAUAUUUUCUUAUUCUAUUCACUUGGAAUAUAUUGGAUAAGUAUGCCACUCAUUUCUGAGAUUUUCUUGUUCUUCAGUUUUUGAGUUUGAAGUAACACUGGUAUUUCCUUCAUGUUAAAAUGCUGGAUUAACAGAUAUCUGUUCAUGGAGCUGUUUAUACUAGAGUCUGGCAACAACUGAGUUUAAUAGGAGAAAAUUCUACAGCUAAUUUAAAUUAUAAUGGCUCUGUUUAUGUCAGCAUGUUUGUGUAUCAGUGUAAGAAUUAACACAGCAUAUUUCUAAUUCUUCUUGCCUUUUGUGGAGGAGUGAUGUAGGGUGAGUUAAUAUUUUUUUUUUAUGUAUAUAACUGAACGAAAAAAAAACAAAAAUAGGACCAAGGUGGAAGUAUCACAUUUCUAGGAGAAAAUUAUACUUUUAAAUAUUUGUUUGUGCCUAUUUAAUAAUUUCUAAGACUACAUAUGAGCUUGCUUCAAGGAUUUUUCUCUAGUAAUGAUUGGAUGCAAAGUAGUCUUUAAAAUACAGGUAAACUUGGAGUUUCCAAGUAGGAUUUUUGUGCAGUGUUCAGAAUGAGGAAAGCCCAUGUCAUCUUUUUAGAUUUCCUACCUGUUUAUUCCUUUCCAUAUUUUAUUAUCAAUUAAUUUUCUGAGAUUUACUGCCUUUCUUCCAGAUUUUUAUUCCUUCAUAUUCUUACUUUCCAAAUAACAAUUAUUACUAAUUUAAAUACAUUAGUUCCUAUGUCUUCAAAUGUAAACAGUGAAAACUGGUAUUUUUUUAAUACCUAGGUACAUUUUUAUAUUUCAUUUAUAUAAUAAUUUUCAUUUUCAACUAAUAUUCAAAAUUGAUUAAGUGCUAGUUCAACAGUCUGGCCCGAUCCUUGAGCUUUCUUGCAUUUGGCAUGAAAAUAAAAUGCCAUCCAAGACAAUGCAUGCUAGCAAUUAGUGUCUUUUUUUUAAAACUUUUGACCUUGCUUUCAAAUAGAAAGACUUCAGCAGACUGAAGUUUAAUACUGUGUUCCAUAAUUACUGAAUGACUGACAGAUUCCUCUUUAGCUGCAUAAAAUGCUGAUAGAUAGUGACUAUGAAGUAUUUCAGAUGAUACAGCUGAAGUGAUGGUUCUUAUACUUUUUAAAAGAAUCUAAAAUAUAUUUUGUCUUUAAAGUAAACACUUCGCAAUUCUUAUGCCUCUUGGAGCAUCAAAGGGCCCAUUUGAGAGUCUAACCUGAGAGAACAAAUAAGACUCAAAGGAAACAGAACCUGCAUUAGUCCUGCUAGUAUCAGUUAUUCAGGCAGUUUGAGGCCACUGUGCAUUUUCAGUUGUGUCAGUAACUCCUAAGGAGCUUAGGUUUUGUUAUUAUAUAGGAACUAAUACAGCAGUAAUGAAAUAUGUUACACUUAAGAGAUACAUUAGUUAUUUCCCAUGCCAUAUUUCAUGCUGUGGAUCUUCUAAAAUCAUUUCCUGCAGAAUUGGGAGACAAAACCAUACUGUUCCCAAAGCCAAAGAAAGGAAAGGGUGAGGAGGGAAGAAUGACUCUAACUGAUAAGUCAUUUUUCCUUUUUAUUGGUUGCAGAUGGAGACUGGAGGGAGGAGCACUUGUUCCAAAGUUGCAGAAUGAUAGCUGCUCCCCAUCUGUAUUUAAACAUGUGAGCUUCGAUCCUAGCCAAGGAAGAGCUCUAGGAAUGCAGAGGUCACAGGCUCUUCACAAAUCCAGCUUAGGAGAAGGGCUGAACUGGUGCUUUAACUGGAUAGUAAUAUUUCACAUCAAGUGCUGUAGUUCAUUUUGCAGUUGAUUUUGUGUACAAUUGUAAGGUUGGAACUUGAUGUAUAAAACAAUAUCAUGGUUUGUGCUCCUGGAGGCACACUGUGCUCGUCAAGUUCAAAGGAAAUAGUUUAGACUGUUAGCUUGUUGCAAGUCAUCCAAAUGUACUUGGAGGGAGUAUGCAUAACCUCAUCUUCAAAUUCUGCUUCAUAUGUUUAUGUCUAGCAUUUUUAAGUGAAGUUGAAAUUUAGUUCAUAAAUCCAUGCAAAAGCUAUUUCUAGCUAACUCUGUAUGUGAUUAAAAAAUGUUCUCAUUUGAAUAUUUUUAAACGUUGGUGACAUUUCGUAUUAUGUAAUGUUUGUAAUACAAACAACAAGAUAUAUCUUGCACUUGCAACUUGUGACUCCUGCAACAUGCAUUGUAUUAAUAUUUUCUUGGCUUUCCAGAGGAUAGUCAUCAUAAAACUUUCUUCUUGUGUUCUUCCAACUUUGCAGAUGUUGAAGUAAAAUGCUUGCCUUUUUUCCUUCUCCACUGAUUAUCCUUACAGUUUAGAGCCUGAUAUAUUCUCUUUCAUAACUUAGCGAGCACCAAUCCAUUCAAUAAUCAAUAGUGAAUUUCACAAAAAGGAGGGUAAGCCGAACUAUGUACAAGGCAUGUACAGUCUUAUAGUUUUGGUGAUAUCAAGCCGUUCUAUUGUAUAGCAGAUCACGGUUUUUGUUUGAAAUUGCUUUUAUUUUGCAAUUUCCAAUCUUGGUGCAUUCUCUGCAUCUCCUUUGUUUGAGGGAAAUGGUGGUACCAUCAAGGCAGACUGAUCCAGUAAAUAGACUUAUACUAUUGAAUCAGGAUUUCGCUUGUGUUUCUCAUUAUGUGGGUCAUGUCAAUUUAAGAUGCUGCCACUACACAACUGUUUUCUGCUAGCAGACACCUUGUAGCAAAACCAGUGGAUAGGAUUGUGAUUCCUAUGUACUUAUGGGCAAAAAAAACCAGCUACAUUGACUUGCUGCUCUGUGAAAAGGUCACCUGAGGAAAUUCUGGGAAGAAUGAAUGGCACCUCAGCCUGGCACAUUGAGAAGAGUAUGUCCCUGCUACUUUUUAUCAGAUUGUUGUGAUAGAAAUGCUGUGUCUUAAAACCCCUUUUUUCUUUUUGUUUUCCUUUGGUGAGUUGGUUUUGCUUAUAUUCUUACAUGAAGAAAAACAAUUUGCAAACAUCUAUGGAUUUACUAUGCCUUGCUAAGCUUGCAGAUUUGUUUGCUGCCUGUCCUACUUUGCCCAGUUUCCUUGCCAUUAUAGAUAGCAUCUUGAGUUCACUAGAAAUUCAAAAUCUUGGCUGCUGUAAGCAUGGUUUUUUGUAUGAUUUGUCCUUUAUCAGCUAUGCCUUAGACAUUGUGUAUUAAAUAUUCUCUGCUCUUUGUGGUUAGGGCUGUUUAAGGAUUUGAUGUGUAAAGUUUGGUGGUUUUUUUCAGUUUUAAGUCUUCAUAAUAUGUCAGUAUAAUAACUGGAGCUGAAAAUGCAAGAAAAUAUCCAUUCCCUAACCCUCCAUGAAAUAUGCCCUGACCAGUAUUUGGAGACCUCUUAUGUUUCUUUUAUGAGAGAGGUCCAAAACAACGUGUUUGAACUCCAGCAAAUGGAUUUCUCUGUAGCUGGAAUGCAUAAAGGACUGCUACGCCAUGAAAUUGCUUCUGAAAAUUUUAAAGGAAGAGACCACUUCAGCAAAACUAUUCACCUCUGUCUUAAAUUAAUUUGUGUCUUCAUAACUGGUGCUAGAAGCAUUGGGUUUUACAUUAGUGACAACUUGCUGAUGGAAAACAAUUCUGAAUAUCAAAUUUUAAGGCUGCCAUGUAAGCAUUGCAAAAACUGUCACAGAGCCAAGUGGCUGAGUUGUGUGUAUCUGCAAAAUACAGUGACACUAAAAGCGUAAACAUUGGUAUGUGUAUGUAUAGGCAUAUAAGGAUAUAUUCUAAAUUUUAUGCUUAUAAUUAAGAUCUGGAUAUUGUUGCAAGUAGCUAUCUGAAAAACUCAACUCAGUGAGUAGCAGCAUUUGAAAAAAUGCUAGCAUGUUAGAAGUUAUUAGACAGCAAAUGGAGAAACAUCCCUUUGCCACUGUACAGUUUCAGUUCACUGAUUCCAGAAAUAGAUAUAUAAUGGAUUUUUAAAGUCAUAAAAAAACAACAUAAUCUUCCCUUGUACAGAAUAAUGCCUUAUUUAAGCAGAACAGGACUCCUUAACUUGCAUUACAGAAACAAAAUGUGAAAAUAACUUUAAUAAUAAUGGAGUACAAGAAUUAAGAAUGGUUAGUCACUGGGUUGUGAUGCAAGGACAAUUGAACACACAACAAAGUUCCUAGAGAUGAGGUUUAAAAGAUUGAAUAUGGUGACUUUUUCAAACAAGGCAUUACUUGCAUUUUGAAACUUAUAUUCAGAAGAGGUAGCAUACUUUAGUAUUAUAAAUAGAUUCUGAAGCAAUUAACAGAAGAUGAGGCCAUUUCUGAGUACCAGUCAUGAGAAGUGAUCUGAGUGGAACCUCUGACUUAAGCCCUUAAGCCACCUGAUUUGCAGAAGGAGGUAUUUCCUGAUAGAAACAUUUUAGGUCCAGCUAUGAUCACUCAAGAGUCUGGCAUUUACAGGCUUCACCUAUUCUACUGCAUGCAUAGAACACUUGAUAUUCACUUCAUUAAGAUGCUCAUAUAAAUUCCAUGGCUAGAUUAAGUGUAUAAGUACUCUUGCAGUGUAAUUUUUAACAAUUCUUGUUAUUAGAAUGCUCUCAGCAGCGUAAAUAUCAUGGGUAGUACUGGCAUGCAGUGCUUAAACUAGAACUUAUACUUUAUAAUUUAAAAUCAUAGAAUAGUUAGGGUUGGAAGGGACCUUAAAGAUCUAGUUCCAACCCCCUGCCAUGGGCAGGGACAAAAACCAGUGAAUUAAAAGUCAUAAUUUUACUAAAACCUCUUAAGUAUUAAUUCUAACACAGACCCUCACACAACCAGAGGCUGUUUCUUACAGGUGUGUAUAAUUCAAACUGUACGGUGCCUAUUAAAGGUUACGCUGUUUACAUUGCAUCUGCUGUGGCUUCUGACCUGCUGCUUACUGCACAGCAAAGACAUUUCUCCUUGUGUGAUCUCAUGGUGCAGGCGGGGAGCCCUUUUGAUUAGGGGUAAAUGUAUUUUUUCUUCAAAUUCUGUCUAAAUUUGUAAUCGUGGACAAGCUAGUAGAAAUACUGUGAUGAGAAAUAUAAGCAGAACAUUUAUGAAGGACUUCCAGGAGAAGAAUAAUGAGCUUUUAAUUAAGAUACAGGAGACAGGCAGGAAUGGUACAGAUGGCAAAACAAACUAAGAGGAAGGUGAGCGUCUUUGCAGUGCGUGGUAGUAAUAAAGUUAAAAAGUAAUGAGGUUAGCAUAACAGUUUCUCAUUACCUGAGUUCAGGGGACUUUCAGCAAAUCAGUGUGAAUCU